AUGCUGUCGAGACGAGUCCUGCCGGCGCGAGUGCCAACGCUGGCUCGCAUCCCAACGACCUCCAGAAUCACGCUGACACAAGUCAGAUAUGCCUCUCAGGCGGAUAUACAGGACUCGGGAAUGAAUGGCGGAUAUGAGAACCCUCCAGCUCUGAAGCGCCAGUUCCGUGACCCAAACGCUGGGUGGUGGGAUGCGCAGGAUAAACGAAACUUCGGAGAGCCAGUCCAUGAAGAUAACGACAUCUUGACGACCUUCAGCCCGGAGGAGUAUACUCACUUCAAAGCCCCCAAGGCCUUUUUCUUGCUUGGGUGCUCCAUAGCCAGCGUGUUCGCUUUCUCCGGCAUCGUCAGCUUCUUCUAUCCGGACAAGCCCAGCGCCCCUCGAACGUUCCCAGAUGGACUCGAGGCCGAGCUCGGUGGACCCAAUGCACUAUCGGCGAGGAAGCCCCAUGAGGAUAGCUGGUGA